GCCCAACAAUACACCACUGUUCAGUCAUCUCAUCACCUAGCUACAGUAGUAAUCCACCAUGUCGUCGACGCCGCUGCUCCCGGUUCUCCUCUCCACCAUGAUCCUCCUCUCCGCCGUCUCCACCACCACCACCGCGCUGACGCAGGACUUCUGCGUCGCCAACCUGCCCCUCGGCGCCGACACGCCGUCGGGCUACCAGUGCAGGCCGGCGGCGACGGUCACCGCCGCGGACUUCUACAGCGGCGCCCUGGCCAGGCCGGGGAUCCUCAUCAGGCCCUUCAACACCAGCCUCGCCUCGGCGUUCGUGCAGCAGUACCCCGCCGUGAACGGCCUCGGCAUCUCCGCCUCCCGCGUCGACAUCCUCCCCGGCGGCGUCGUGCCGCUGCACACCCAUCCGGCCGGCUCCGAGCUCCUCUACGUCCUGGACGGCGCCUUGGUCGCCGGCUUCAUCUCCUCCAGCGACAACAAGGUGUACUACAAGGAGGUGAGCAAGGGCGGGAUGUUCGUGUUCCCGCAGGGCCUGCUCCACUUCCAGUACAACACCGGCGACACGACGGCGGUGGCGUUCGCGGCGUACAGCAGCUCGAACCCCGGCCUGCAGAUCCUCGACUACGCGCUCUUCGCCAACAACCUGCCGACUUCCUACGUGGUGAAGGGGACAUUCUUGGCCGAGGCCGAGGUGAGGAGGCUCAAGUCCAAGUUCGGUGGCAGCGGCUAGCUAACUCGAUCGUCUAGCAAAUUAAUAGCCAUAUUAUAUACUCGAUCGGCAGCCGGCAGGGUUUGGUCGAUCGUGGUGUCUGGUGUGAGAAUAAUUUCCAGUAGUUUGGAGUCAAAUCAUGAAUGGUGUCCUCCAUUUUAAUCUCCUUUGGAAUGUCCCAACGACAAUGCUCCCUCCGUUUUUAAGUACUCAUAACUGGACACCAUCUUAUAUUAUAUUAAUUUAAACUUCAAUCAGUUGUUUUUUCUUUUUAAAAAAUGAUAUAAGUACUUGCAAAGAUAA